GCGAAAUGAGUCAUGGAGUCGGUAUUCUUAUCUGGCUUCUUCCUAUUUUCUGCUAGCUUUCUGCAAGCGUCUUAUUUAGCUCUCGACAAAAGUUGUGUAUGAAAACAAAAAGGCAAUGCGAAUAUGUGUUUCUCUGUUUUUAUUUUGUCUCGCACGCAUGUAGCGACCUCACGAGAACUCACAGAACAAAAUCGAUAAGUUAGAAACUCACCACGAGCGCGCUCUUUCCUAUGAUGAGCUGGGCGCAGCAACUUUGCUACAUUUCAGUCUGUAGUGGCAUUUUCCAAAGUGGAAACGUGUACAAUUUGUGUCCGUCAGAUAAUUGUUAUAGAAUUGUUGGUAAUUUAAUAAUUAAAUUCUACUGCAAUUUGCACGAGCAGGCAGCGGGGCUCAAGCUUAAUUUUUAAUGACGCCCUUAGAGGAUUUAAUAAUUGUGUUGGUAAUCACGUGAUAUUGUCCAAUAUAAAAAUUAUAACAUUUUAAGCAAUGAAACUAAAAUUAUAAGAAAAAAUCGAAGAUACGGAAAUCGAAGAAAAAUUAAAUAACAAGAAAGAUUUGUUAUUUUUAUUUGGCACAAAAUGAGCCAACAUUUUGAGGGUACGAUGCGUGGCGGUGGUGGAGGCAAAGGUAAUGUCUUUCAUAGCUAUGCAGUCCGUCAGUUCUCAGAGGAAGUGUCGGAGUCAACAACAACAGCUGGUGAGGAUGGCACCUCUGGAGCUAGUGAGGUUAUAACGCGAGAUGAUGAUUUUACCGAUGACAACAAUUUUGAAUCGAAUUUGAGACGUCGCAAAGGCAAAUUAAUAUCCUGUGCCAAAGAGACAAUUGAAAACGCUUCCCGCCAACUACGUCGCAAAGUACCUUAUGCAGGACACUUAAUGACGCCACGUCGCCUUUGGCUUAAUAAAAUACCCACCCAGUGCGAUGUUGUCAUUGAAUUUCCCGAGGAUGCUCCAGACGAGGCCUUGCGUUGGUUACUCGCCCGCAUACGUUCUCAGCCGCCUGCUGGAUUAGGUCUUCUAGUCCAGGUUAAGGCCCACGAGAGCUCCAGCCGCAAUGCCUUUUACGUGAGCGCUCCAGUUAAUAUACUUUUCAGAGCAGCGGAGGAAGCUCGCCUGCCAAAGCGUUUGCGUCCAGAUCUAGGAGGGGCAUUGCGUGAAUUUACAACCCGCGAAAGUCACUGCUUCCAACAAUUGCGGGGCGAUGUGGGCAGCACAGCUUUGUUUACAUCUCAAGAGCGCCAGUGGUUAGUGUUACAGGUUCUACAAGGACUACGCGCAGGAUGCAGUGACAUUGACGCUCUACAGGGUCGCGCUGCUGUUGCUGAAGGUCAAAGUAUUGUUGCCGCUUGGCAGGAGUCUGGACUGAUAACACAAGUCUUUCCCUUGCACGAGAGCGGUUCUCUGGCGCAGUUACAAGCACAUUGGGUCAAGCAGAUCUGUGCCCCCCAACCAUUAGACGAUAUUGCAGCAUAUUUCGGUGUAAAGGUUGCACUCUACUUUGCAUGGCUGGGCCACUACACUUGCGCAUUGGGUGUGCCGGCCGUAUUUGGCAGUAUACUCUAUGGCAUAUUGUGGGGCAAGGGCCAAAUAGCUCAGGAUAUGGGCCAUGUGCUAUUCUCGCUCUUCAAUGUAGCCUGGGCAUCACUCUAUCUAGAGGCUUGGAAACGCUACUCCGUGGAAUUGGCCUUUCGCUGGGGAACUUUAUCAACUCCACCUGAACUUCUUGAACCGCCCAGGCCUCUCUACAAGGGUCCUUUGGAAGAAAACAAUGUGACAGGAAGAUUGGAACCUAAAGAAGCUCCUGCAUGGCAGCGGCGAGCCUUUCGCUAUUUGGUCAGCUUUCCUGUAAUUGGUCUGUGCCUCUGCUUAGUGUUUGUUGUGAUGUUUUUAAUGUUGAGAUUUCAGGAUUGGCUGGAUCACCAUAAUAUACCCGAUAAAGGAAUUCCGCAAUGCAUGUAUAAUUUGCACAAGGAUUGGUGGGACUCCAAACUUCCGGAGGAGAGCGUUCUAUGCUGUUUAAGUGUGAUUCCGAAAGUUUUACUGGCCGGUGCUAUUACUUUGAUGGAUGAGGCCUAUUUCAAGUUGGCCGUUUGGCUUAAUGAUCGAGAGAAUUAUCGACUGCAGUCCAAAUACGAGAAUCAUUUAAUAGCUAAGGUGGCUCUCUUUCAAUUCGUCAACUCGUUCCUCUCACUCUUUUACAUCGCAUUCUACCUACGCGAUGAAGAUAAACUGAAGGAGCAAUUGGCUGGUUUGCUUAUCUCUCGACAAAUUAUUGGAAAUUUACGAGAGUCGGCCAUUCCCUAUUUUUUGGAGCAAUGGAGGCUGGCUAAGCUGAGCUUCAACAUGUGGGGGGCUUUAAGUCCCACUCAACAUUUGAAUCGAAGUCUUGCUGAAGAGUUAGCAACCGCCGAAGAGAAACUUAAAGCUGAGUCUGAUGCCAGGCCGGUAGAGCAGCAGCAACCACAACAAAAGCACCAGCAGCCAGUGGCAAGCAAACGUAAUAUUGGACAGGCUGAGAUUGAGAGUUCACUGUACAAGUAUGAUGGGACUUUCUCAGAUCAUUUGGAGAUGCUCGUCCAAAUGGGCUAUGUGGUGCUCUUCUCAGCUGCCUUUCCACUGGCUGGUUUAUGUGCGCUUAUCAACAACCUGAUGGAGAUUCGUUCUGAUGCCUUUAAGCUCGCACAUGUACAUCAACGGCCAUUUGGUCAACGUGUAGCAAACAUUGGCACCUGGCAAAAUGCACUUAGCAUAUUGUCGCUGGCUGCAGUGAUUGUCAACUGUGCGCUGAUUGGUCUCUCUGGUCAGGUCUCGCGACUAUGGCCAGGGCUUUCUACCGCACAAACUAUAAUACUGAUUGUUACUCUGGAGCAUAUCAUGCUGGGUCUGCGCCAGGCUUUGACAUGGCUACUGCCAGAAUUGCCAUCUUGGUUGGCAGCGGAGAUUGCACGUGCCGAGCAUUGCCGACGUGAGAUGCAGUGCAAGGGCACUUCACCUCGCCCUACACCACCCACUCCACACUCUAGCACAUCAACACAGCCAGAACAAGAAUAUAAUGAAGGCAAUACAGCGCACGAGCAAGUCAUGGAAAGUCAGGUGGCAGAUGAUUUACUGCUUUACGAUCACGAACUCACAGAUCCGGGCUUCGGCCGUAGCAUUGAGGCGGAUGUUAAUAUAUACGAGAAUCGCGAUUCCUCACCUGAUUCACCGCCAUCCCAAACUAGCACAAUACUAAUUCGGCCGCUGCACGAAUCGACACCGCCACACGGAUGUUCAUCACUCAGCAGUUUGCAUCAGGAUGGCAAUGGCGGCGUUUCAACGAGCACGGUUGUUGACAACCCAGGUUCCCGCAUGCAAUCGAUGCAUAUCCAGGAAAUUCCACCAUUCCGCAAGAAAUCCAGCGAUUCGGCAGGCAGCAGCACCAGCAGCAGUCCACAGCGUUGCUCAAAGCGGCAGCUGCAAUUACAACAACUCCAGCAACAGCAUCCGACGAAGAUAGCGGAGAUUCCGCCGUACAGCAAGACGCGAAAAAUUUCCGCUGAAAGCGCAACUCAUUUGCAGAUGAGCGAACUAAUAAACAAUACUGACAACACCGAUAUCCUGAAGCCUGCACCAUCUUGGAGCAAUGUGGCUCUGAAGUCCGGCGCAUCUGGUAACAAGCUAGCCACGUCUCCAGCUACGCAACAACAACAUAAAAUUGUUGCUUCAUCUUCUUCCUCAUCGGGCGGUGGAAGCGUGUUUAGCCCGAAUAGCGUUGGUCCUAUUGCCUCUAGCGGUGUUAUCAAUUCUCAGUCGCGUCCAAGCGUAGGUGCUUUGUCAAAUUCUUCGCAAAAACUUCAACAGAAGCAUGCUAAGGAAGAUCGUGAGAAGGAAAAGGAAAGCGAGAGAGAAAAAGAAAGAGAAGAGGAAGCUGCACCUACAGCAUCAACAUCUUCGGUCAAUACAGAUGACGAGAUUAAGGCUGCUGAACUGGCUGCAAAAAAAUCGCGACUCAAACAGAAAUUGGUGAAGAGUGCUCGCUCUGUUGCGAUAUUUUCGCUUAAGUUAAAGGAACGUCGACAGCGUGAGGCUGAAAAGGCAGCUACAAUUGCGGUGGAGCAUGCCAAGGCUCUAGCCAAGCUUCCUAUGCCACAACCUGUUGGCGGGGAGUUGUCCUUAAUACCCAUCGAACAAUUAAUACAAAUUGAGGAUAUCAAACCUGUGAUCAAACCUGCAACCACAAUAUCGACAUCUUCCUCCACACAAGCGAGUUCUUCUAUCCAUUACCAUAAUCAUCCCCAGCAACAACAGUAAAAACAUCAGUCCCAUUCGAAUAUCAAAAAAAAAACUUAACCCGUAGAAAAGUGAAAACUAUUUAUUAUUUA